AUGAACUACCAAGGAUAUCUUCUAAUUUUGAUUUUUUGCCUGGCCAAGGCGAACACAGAUGAUUUUGUCUUCACGAAUCCUGGAUAUCCCAAGCCAUAUAAAGGAACAAUAGAUAGAUAUCGCUAUCAACACGAUGUAGACAGAGGAAAAGGAGUUGCUGUUUUAUUUUAUCAAUUCUUAGCGAAUGCUGGCGAUUGCGUGACCGCGUGCGAUGCUAAUGCCAACUGUCAGAGCCUCUGUGGAGAUGCCAUGGAUCACCCAAAACUGAAGAAGAUGUUAAUUGUGAACUCUUCAGCAAUUAUUACAAUGCAGUCAACAGGCUCUUCCGAUGGAAACUAUCAUUCAGGGAUUUACGCAAAAUCUGUCUCUUUCGACCUCAAAAAGCGAACAUACUUUGACUGUAACUCUACGGUCGAUCUCAGCGAUGAAGAGCCGUUCUUCCUCGUCUCACAGAACUAUCCGGACACCCCAACUGACUUUUCAUUUUGCGAGAUCACUUUUAUUGCAAAAGACAUGAUUCGAGCAGCUAUAUACGAUCUUGUGACAUUGAAUAGUGUGGUGUUCAAAGGAUUGGAUGCUUCAGGAAAGCCUACUGAAGUACAGCUAUCUGGUCGACAUGUAACAGACGAUGAACCUGUAGCUCUGUCUUUCUCCAAAACUUUACAAGUGUCCUUUGCCUUCAGCAAUCAUACCACCUUUUACCCGAGAGGAUUUUACAUUUUUGUGGACAGCUUCACGCGGGGAUCGCCUUCAUCAGCAGCCUGCGUUAACGCUGGCAGUGUCACACUGAAAAAUGGAGAAAGUGUGUCAUUUGGAACGGCAAAGUUUGGUGUGACCGCUUACCAGCCAAAUAUGCAAUGCUCAUUUCAGUUUAUAAAGGCAACACCUGGGAACUUGCUUGCCAUAAGCAUGGAAUUCGAAACGGAGAAGUGUUGCGAUAUUAUGUACGUUACAGGAAUAGCUCCUCCACCUUACAAUCUUUACAACUAUCAAGGCUAUAUGCAACGCACAUUUCAAUUUGCAAGUGAAAGUGUUGUCUCCAUGAAUUUCACAUCAGAUGGCGUUGUUCAAGGUCCCGGAUUUAAUGGCACUGUUUACAGCAUUGACUGCACUUGCGAUUCUGGCAUUCUCCGGUUGAAUGAAACCAGAAGGACACUUCAAGUGGCUUCUCCAGGCUUUCUAGCUGGUGCUCCUACUUACUGCCCAAAUCUUACCUGUUCGUGGAUAGUGCAGUUUCCAAUAGACAAUGAGGUCGUUCUUAAUGUCUCUAUGGUCCAGCUUCGUGCAAUUUCUCAGUUUGACCAACUGUUGAUAGAGGACAAUUUCGGAAGGACUAUAAUCGCAACAAAUUCCACGAUAUAUUACGGUCAGCGAACAUUCAUAUUCACAUCUGGAGAAUUGCGCAUCAGCUUCGUUUCUUCAACUACUACAUUCUUCCCUCCGCAGAAUGCUCAACCAGGGUUUCUGCUCGAUUUGGUGCUAGUCAAAAAGGAAAUAAGAAAGACUGUUAUCAAGUUUACUGACGAUUAUUUUAUGGCAGAUAUCUCAACUAGACACUUUGCGGAAGGACUGAACGCGACAUAUGAAUAUUCAAUAACUGCAAGGCCAGGAAGACAGGUUAACCUGCAUUUUUUCACGGUACUGGAUGGAGUUGCAAAUGUGCAGAUUUAUGAUGGUCCCGACACAAAUUCAAAAUUAAUAGACACCAGCUUCUUGUUUGAUAAUGACACAGUCCUGGAUGGUAUUCCUUUGGAAUUAAGCUCAACUAGUGAAACCUUGUUACUACAAGUGAGACCGAAUCUGUACACCACUAAGGGUUAUCUAGACUUUCAAGCGAUGGUUACGGACUGGAGUCAAGAUACUAAUUGUCCUCCACUCGUUUUGGCUGCAUCAACGUCCUCAAAUCCAACUUCGGUCAAACUUACUGGAUCAAGGUGCCUCAGUGUUUUUCAUGCAAAUACCGAUUAUGAUCCGUCGGCCGGUACCAUAGUACAGAUACAAGAUUCGUCAUCGAUAUCUUUAUACAAAGGUUUAACAACAAAUUCUUCUCAUCUACUGAAUAGUCCAAACGUCUAUGAAUAUCCAUCAUUCAUCUACGAUGCAUAUGUAGCGAUAUCCUACAACUCCUCGCGUGGAAAUUCUGUAACGUACUCAUGGACCAAACGAGGAUUCGUGACGACACUUACCAUGUCUCCAAAUCAAUCUGGACUAAUCAUGUCGCAAGACUACUUGCCAAUGUAUCCUUCAAGUGCAAUGCAGCAGCAAUUCUCCAUAGAGCUGGUGAGUGAUAGCGCGCAUAUGAAUGGAAUCAAGAUUGAAUUUCUCAAGCCAACUGGACAAGGACACGGCACUAUGCAAAUGCAGCAGUAUAACAAGUUAUUGGAUGAAAUCCCAUAUCCGAAAGACGACGGGAAAACCACUUUUGAACAAUGUGGAACUAAAAUGAUUAUCAGCUAUAUUUCCCCUGGAGGGACGUCCAAUGGCUUAUAUGCGCGAUAUAGUCGAGGGUCGAAAAACUGCAAUAGCGGAAAUAUUUCUAGUUACAAUGUAACAUUCGGCAUAAUGUUGGUUUUAUGGUUAUUUGCAGUGCGUCAGGAUGAAGCACAAAACAAAUGA